UUCCCUUUCCCUCUCACCUCAAAUCACAAAACGCACGUAUACUUUGCUCUGCUACAUACUCAAACUUCCCCUCUCUCUUCGCUCUCGCCUCGUCCUUCACAAAGCAACCUGAUCGAGCAAUUCCAGCAUUCACUCCGCUAGCGUCUUUCACUCACAAAACUUGGUGAAAUAGUGGUUAUUCCGCUCUUUAUCCCCCCCCUCGUUCUCAAUUUAGCUUUUGUUUUCGUGGAAUCUAGGGUUUCUUCUUCCCAGGGUUCAAUGCUAGGUUUUCGCGAAAGGAACAUAAACGGAUCGUGAGACUCCUAAACCAGAAGUCGAAGUUUGCGUGUAGAAAUGGACGGCACGUUUGACGAUGAAGCUGAACCGGCCGUUACAAUCGGCGAGUACCUCGAGGAAGUUGAGGAACGGGAACUGGAAGCUGAUUUAGUUUUGGGGGGUGAUGAUGGCAAGGAGUGUACCUAUAACAAAGGUUAUAUGAAAAGGCAGGCUAUUUUCUCUUGCCUCACCUGCACUCCAGAUGGGAAUGCUGGAGUUUGCACAGCUUGUUCAUUGUCUUGCCAUGAUGGUCAUCAGAUUGUAGAGCUAUGGACAAAAAGAAACUUCAGAUGUGAUUGUGGGAAUUCAAAAUUUGGUGAAUUCUACUGCAAGAUUUUCCCAAAUAAAGAUGUAGAAAAUGUUGAGAAUUCAUACAAUCACAACUUUAAAGGUUCUUAUUGCUCAUGUGGUCGCCCUUAUCCUGAUCUAGAUGCUGAAGAACAAGUAGAGAUGAUACAGUGCUGUCUAUGUGAGGACUGGUUUCAUGAGGAGCAUCUUGGUCUUGAGUCUUCUGCGGAGAUUCCCAAAGAUGAUGAAGGAGAGCCAACGUAUGAGGAAUUCAUAUGUAAGGCAUGCUCUCACGUAUGCUUCUUUCUAAAGUUAUAUCCCGAAAAAAUAUGGGCGGCUGGAAAGCAGCCAGAUGCUACUGUCCAAAUUAGCAAGGACAAAGGUGUCUUGGAAGACAUGCCUUCAACUUGUGGGUCUGAAAAGCCAACAUGCAAUACUUCAUGUAGUUCUCCUAAAGUUGAUGAUGCACAAGCUACUGUUGAUUCCAAAUCUAUAUCUGAUGGGAAGAGUUUGUCUCAGGGAGAAAAUUGUAAUGGCAGUAUGGCUUCAAAUCAAUGCACAAAAAGCAUCGACUUGCAUGUUAAUUGUCUCCUUGGUGUUAACAUUAUUACUGUUAACCCAGUUUUACCUGGUAAACCAAUGUUCCUUUCCAAAAAUUGGAGAGAUGCUCUAUGCAAAUGCAAUAAUUGUUUGGAGUUUUACAAGCAGAAGCAGAUUGCUUUUCUACUUGACAAGGAAGACUCAAUUGCGGAGUAUGAGCAAAUGGCCAAGCAAAAGAGAGAAGAAAAAUUGCAGCAACAAGAGGGUGCUGAGUUAAGUUUUUUUAAUAAACUUGGACAUGUAGAGAAAGUGGAGAUCUUGAAGGGCAUUGAAGAGAUGAAGGAUGGGCUUCGUGCUUUCCUGGAGUCUGCAGACUCGUCAAAGCCAAUUACUGCUGCUGAUGUCCACCAGUUUUUUGAUGACAUUAAGAAUAAGCGUCGCCGUGUACAGUGAGUUUUUGAUGUCUUGGCUGUUCAAGGACGUUGUUAGUAAAAACUUUCAAACUGUUAAGAGUUUAUUUGUAUUGUCUGAUGUUCGAAACUAAAAGCCUGCUUGCUUUAUGAAUAUUUAUAUUAAAAUGCUCUACUUGUAUCAACUUUGACUUACUAAACUCGUUUUGGUUCCUUAAGAGUUAAUUUGGAUUUAACA